AUGUACAGUUCGAGCCACGGCACGAUCUUCCUCAUCGCACUUUCCGCAUCUGUUUUGAUGCUUUUUGGAAUACACAGUCAUCUUAGGUACGUAAGUCAAUGGAAAGAAGACUAGAGAAGGUUCUUGGACCAGGAAUAGUUGAUUGCGACAAAUGAAAAUCUCGACGACCAUGAGGAUUACCGAAGUACUCAACUUCCCGCUGUAAUAAAACAAGUAGCAGCUUCAUUUUACGCUUCUUCGGAGAAAGAAAAGAACUUCCUUGUGUAUCACACUGAGUUUACUCGUGUGGAUGAUCUUCCUCCUGCAUUAAUUUGCAAAGAGCGUUGGUACAAAUCGAUUUCGGUAGGUCAGCGGAUUUAUCGACUUAUAGAGAAGAUUUCAUAUGGCGUGUAUUGGAUCAAUAGGACAGAAGAGAUCUUCUUCUCCGGAGGCGCGUAA